AACUAAUUCUACUCUCUCUCUACCUUACUUUCUCUCUCUAAACACUGACUAGAUCGUUGGAGAGUGUUCGCGAGCCACGCCCCGGACCUUUUUUGCAGUGAACGGAGCACCCCCAUAUCAAGGAACAACGGUAUUCUCCAAGGCUUUCACAAAUCCGCCUGGCACUUUCUAGGCGUAAACAAUUUGGCGCCCACCGUGGGGCUGAAAGAGAGUAUCGUUCUCCUUGAAGUUGUCAGGUGACUCCAUCAGCCCCAUGAAAGAGGUCGUCGAGCCGAUAACGCUGCGUGGUUUAUCACCCGAGGUCGAAGAAGAAGUGGAGCUCGAGGAAAGGGUGAAGAGUCAGGGGGAGCAGAUCACGUAGAUGCGGAGUAGUAUCACCCAAAUACUCUCAUUAAUGAAGGAGGGGAUGAGGCGCCAGGAGACCCUAGGCCCAUCCUCCACACCAAGGGAUAAGGGAAAGAAGAAAGUGGUGGAAGUCGAUUCGGAAGACGAGGAAACAGAGGACGAAAGGCCGAAAACUGACUUGAGUUUCCUAGAAGAGCACCUACAAUCCAACUUUGGGAAAGGGAGCGGGAAGACAAAGGGGCCAAGCAUCCUACACAAUCCCCUUUCAAAGAAAUUGUUCCGGAACCCGGUCCCUCCAAACUUUUCGUCGUUGGGUCUUCCGGCAUAUAACGGGGACACGAAUCCAAACGACCAUCUAAGCGCCUUCACAUUGAAGAUGCAACUGAUAAACGCCUCCGACGCAGAUCUCUGCAAAGCCUUCCCCAUAACCUUUGGAGGGCGGUGCCGCACGUGGUACACAUCUCUCCCCGAGGGGAUCAUAGACAAUUUUGAGCAGCUUGCAACUCUGUUCACAUAGAAGUUCGCUUCCCAGAUCCGCAAACGUCUCACCGUCACCGCACUGAUAAAUUGCACACAGGGUCAAGGGGAGAGCUUGAUGGACUUCUACGACCGAUGGAACACCAUCGCUUGUGAAAUACAGGGCGUUACGCCGAACGUGGCCGCGGGAAGCCUGAGGAUGGCCUCCAAAAGCAAAGAGCUCCAAAGAGCGUUAAUCAAGAAGGAGCAAGACA